AUGACCUAUAUUGAUGAGUGCAAAGACGGGCUGUCCUCCUGUCACCAAAACGCCAGCUGUAUCAACACGCCCGGGAACUACGCCUGUCUGUGUAAUGCUGGCUUCACUGGGGACGGACAGUGGUGUGCAGUGUGCCCUCGAGAGUUCCGCGAGUUCAAUAACAGUUGCUACCAGUACGUCAGUGCCGGACAGGGCUGGGCGAAUGCUUCCAACACAUGCACGGCUCAGGGCGGACACCUAGCUACGAUCACGUCAGAGGACGAGAAAGCGGUACUGGUGGAGUUCCUGGCAGAGCACGCCCAUCCUAGCGAGAGAGUCUGGGUCGGUGCUAAGUAUUACGACGACAAGUGGCACUGGGUGACCGGGGAGGACUUCCAAGUGGAUCACUUCUACGUCGGCCAGAGAGUCCCCUACCGACCAAAGUACCAGUACAUGUUUAUAUGUGUGGCCAGUCAGUUUUGGUGCAACGGACCACAGAACGCUACGCAGCCGUUCAUCUGUGAGGCAGAGCGACAAGACCGGCAUCCCCAGUGACGCUGGCGGCACAGAUCCCAAUUUCCCAUUUUAAAGCGAACUUUCGAGCAACCGGCGCGCGUCUUUUACGCGACUAUUGUGACCAUGCUCUUUUUUACAAGAUUAUUAGGAAAUUGCCACAAAAGGUUUUGCAUGGCUUCAACCUGAAUCGCAGUGUUGAUUUGUUCGUUGGUAGACGCCAUUGGCAAACUUUAUAUAACUUGGCGUGAAAUGGAUGAAGGUCAAGUACUACGUAUAGCUUUCUGAUAAUAUUACUUGCAGAACGUGAUAUGUAGAUGAAAAGCACCAAACUCGCUAUUUUAUUGCAUUUCCCUGACCAAAUUUCACUUAAGAGGAUAAUGAAAUUUCGAAAACUUUUUGUUCUUUUACAUAGUUACAUACUUUAAUUGGAUUUUUUCAUUGUUUAUUUCAUGGACAGGUAAGGAUUAAGGUAAUACUGAUACGUCUAGUAUACAAAUUGACUUGGCAAAAACCGUAGUGGUUGCAGGUUUCUUAU